AUGUAUUUCUUGUCGAAGCUGUGUUGGCUUGCAUCAGCUGCCCUGUUCACGUCCACACUCGGAGCACCACUCACCAAACGCCAGUCCGGAGGAGUCGUCGUCUCUCCUGGCGGUGUUGAUGAGCUGACAAUCACCCAGUUCAACACACUCAACGGCACUAACCCAAAUGCUACCUUCCAUGGACCACCACAACCGCAGGCCAAUGCUGGCCUGCGCCUCGACUUGGUGAACAACUACGGCUCAGGCACAAAUGUAUAUAUCACCGCUCUGGACACCUCGAACCGUGUCAUUAUCCUCACUCCCUCCGGCCAAUGGUACUACCCGACCUCUAGCUCUACCACCGUCCCCCAAGCCAUCACUCAAGACAUCACCAUCCCACUGGGCAACCAAGGACAGACUACCAGUCUGACCCUCCCAGGAUUCUUCAUCUCUGGCCGCGUAUAUUUCGCGGCCGGUGAUUUACAAUUCUACACCCUCGAGACCGCCGACGGGGGCGUUACAUUGGUCAGCCCGGAUCCUCAAAACCCCUCGGAUCCCUCCGCCGGCAUCUUUUGGGGGUUCGCCGAAAUGACAUAUACCGAGGCUGGCGGCAUCUAUGCAGACAUGACGUUCGUCGACUUUGUGGGUAUGCCUGUGGGUAUGCAACUCACCGUCAACGACGGAAGUGGCACUCAGACCGUCCGCGGCGUCGCCCAGGGUGCCGUGUCGACCGUGUGCAACGACCUCACUCCUCACGCCUCCCAAGACGGCCAGCCGUGGGACCAGCUCUGCCAGUACUCCUCGAGCGGCAGCCCACUCCGCGCCAACGCCCCUGGAAAGUAUAUCUCGGUCCACGGCGACGCGUUCAGCAACUACUACACUUCCUACGUGCAAUCCGUAUGGACGCUCUACGCCUCGGAGACACUGACCGUCCAUUCGCAGAACACCCUGGGUGACAUACCCUGUAGCACAGCGUCGGGCCAGUUGGUGUGUCAAGGCGCAUCGCGCUCGAUUCCCCAGCCCAGUGCGUUGGAUAUCUUCGGCUGCCAGGGUGUGUUUGGCACGCAGGCCGGUGACAACGACGUGACGUUGGCCAUAGUGCCGAGAAUCUGCGCCGCGCUACAACGGACGACGCUGCUACUCUCGGGAGGGAACGUCCAGCCUAGUCUGCCGGCUAGCCAGUAUUACACCCAGAGUCCGACCAACUGGUACAGCCAGGCUGUGCACUCGGUGGAACUGGAUGGGAGAGGAUAUGCUUUUCCCUUCGACGAUGUCAACCCUGAUGGCGCGCCGGAUGCGAGUGGUGCUGUGGCGAAUGGGAACCCGAACGUGUGGACACUGUUUGUGGGCGGAAGCUCGUAA